AUGGAGUCUUCCAAAGUGUUUGGAGGAUCAGGUGAAGAAUGUCACAGCUGUGAAUCUGGUUGGACCAUGUAUAUUGGCUCUGAUCAUGAUGAUGAAGAACAAAGUGAUAAUAUUGGAGAUCAUUAUGUUGAUAAUAAUGGUGGUGAUGAUGAUGACGACGAUGACGACACUGAUGGUAAUGAUGAUGAUGAUGAUGACGAAGCUGACACUGAUGAUUCCAUGGCUUCUGAUGCAUCUUCUGGCCCAAGUUAUCCAUACAGAAAAGGAGGGGGCGCUGGUUAUUUCAACAAGCAUAUUGAAAAAGUAGAGGAUGAUGUCUCAGCAGGCAAGAAAGCUAAAAGACAAAUGGAAAAGCAAAAGGCUGAAGUUCAACUUAGAAGAAACCGUGAAGAGAAAGAAGAGGUGAAUAUGUUUGCAGCUGCAAAAAGAGCUUCUGCACAAAGUGAUUCCAAGGUUAGUAGCUUGCUAGAUUAA